AUGACGGAAAAAUGGUUGCUCAAAAAAGGGUGCUCAGGAUAUUUAGCACAUGUGAUUGAUACCAGAGAUCAUGGGCUGAGAUUGGAAGAUAUUCCAGUGGUACAGGAAUUUCCAGAUGUAUUCCCCGAGGAUCUUCCUGGGUUACCUCCUCACCGGGAGAUCGAGUUCACCGUUGAGCUCGUUCCAGAAUGGCACCAUUUUUCCCCUUGGGGUGGUCCAGUGCUGUUUGUUAAGAAGAAGGAUGGCACCAUGAGGUUAUGCAUUGACUACAGGCAGCUGAACAAGGUCACGCUGAAGGGUGCCAAGGUAUUCUUCAAGAUUGAUUUGAGAUCUGGGUAUCAUCAGUUACAGAUUAGAGAAGAGGAUGUGCCUAAGACAGCUUUCCGAACAAGGCCAGUUCCGGCCACUUUUUGGGGUAGGUCCAAGAACAAAAGUGGUUCCAAAAUGAGUGUUUUAUCUAAGUUAGAAGUUUGGGCUGGCGGUUUGGAGUUUUUCCGGUCGCCAGGAAUUUAUCAAGCCACCCACGCGCUGCUGGAGCGUGUGGCGGCGCGUGGGCAGUUUGGUGGGGACCACACACAGUCCUAA